CUACGCCAAAGAAUAGGCUUCCCUUACUCUAAUUUGGUGACUGGGAAGAAGGUCGGUCGUAUGAUAAAGACCCUCUGGUCUCCGAAGCUAAAGGAGUUACUUAUUCGAAAGUACGCACACCGAAAACUCAAAUCGGAUAAUACUUCUAUUAUUGUAUUAGCCACACGAGAAAGAGGCCUCUCUGAGGCUUAA